GUAACAGUUUGGUCAACCUUAGGUUGUAGUUUUGCACUGUAGUAAUCACAGGAAACAGAAUAAGCUUGUGAUUAUGGAAGAAGAAAUUCAGGAACUUAAAAAGCUGGUAGCAAGCUUAAGAGCCGACAAUGAGCAGUUGCGAUAAGGACAGGCUAGCUUAAGUGCUCAGCCGUCCACUUCUUCAGCUUUGCCUAAUGCCCCUCCUACGCCUAGUCUCCCUGUAGCAGAGAGACUGAUUUUUGUACCUAGAGAUAGGAAAUGUCCCAUCUUCAGAGGGAGGACAGGCAUAGGUUUGAGUGAGUGGAUGGAGGAAGCGAAGGUGUGUAUGAGAGCACGACAUCUGUCUGUGGUUGACCAAGCGUUUUUCCUAUUUGAUCACUUGGAGGGAGAGGCUAGAAAUGAAAUAAAGUAUCGCUCUAGUGCAGAGAGAGAGGACCCUGCUAGAAUAUUUGAGAUCCUACAGGAAUUGUAUGGUUGUUCAGAGUCAUAUGUUGCUCUUCAAGAGGCCUUCUUUUCUAGAAGACAACAAGAGGGAGAGAGUCUUCAGGAGUUCUCCCUUACAUUAAUGGGCCUUAUGGAGAGGGUAAAGCAGCGUGCACCUGCUGGUAUGCUGAAUUCUGAGACGUUGCUAAGAGAUCAGUUUGUCGAACAGGUGUUAGACAGUUCCCUGCGUCGUGAGCUGAAGCAGCUGGUACGCAUGAGGCCGGACAGCACUUUGCUUGAGGUUAGGGCUGCAGCAAUCCAGUGGGAACGCGAAGGGGUACCUCAUAGUGGGAGGAGCCGUAGCCAGUCGGUUCCCUCAGUUUAUGGUGUCCAGUAUGGGGUUCGUGGUGGUCCUCAGGUAGCUUCUUUAACAUCAGCAACGGAAAUGAGCCAGAUAAGAGAAAUGCUAAAGCGUCAGCAAGAGCAGCUCCAGCAGCUUAGUGAGAGCAUUUCUCAGUUGCAGAAUUUCCGCCGUCCUAACCAUCCACGCUUUACUGGUCCAGUGAUCUGUAGGCGGUGUAACCAGCCUGGUCAUUUUGCACGAGAGUGUGAUGGGGUGCGUGCCCCCCAUCGAACCCAAUGCCAGUCAGAUUCAGCUGCUCAGUCCCGUUCUGCUUCCAUGGCGGAAAACUAGUUCCCGCCGGACUGCAGAGCCACAGUUUGGGUGGGGAUGUUACUGGCUCACUAGCCACUAUUGGAAGUUUGGGUGCUUCUAAGUUGAUUUCAGUUUGCCCUCAUGCGGAUGUAGUUAUGGGUGGAGUGACAGUCACAUGUUUGGUGGAUACUGGUUCGAUGGUGUCCACGGUUUCUGAAAGUUUUUUCCGUCAGCAUAUGGAGUCUUGGGGUUCGGAGCGCCUCCAGUCGUGUCAUUGGUUGGAGCUUAGAGCUGCCAAUGGUCUUAAGAUUCCUUAUAUUGGCUAUUUGGAACUGGAUGUAUACCUCUGUGGCAAAUUGAUUCCCCACUGCGGUGUUUUGGUUGUGCAGGACCCUUGUGGAGAGGUCCCAGCCAAAGUCCCAGGUGUUUUGGGGAUGAAUGUGAUCAGGAAGUGUUAUCAAGAACUGUUUGGGCUGCAUGGUGUAGCUUGGUCUUCUGUGUCUGGUGUUUCUGAGGCCCCUCAGUCAGUCAUGCAGGCACUGCAGCAGUGCCAGUUUGCCGACUCGCGAGAGUCUCGGAGUGGUCCCGGAAGGGUUAAGGUCAGGGGUAAAAAGGGCUGUCGGAUUCCUGGUGGAGUCAUGAAAAUUGUGGCUGCCACAUGUUCUGAUGUGUAUGCAGGCUCUACUGUUUUGUUUGAACCUUUAGAGUCCGGAUUGCCUUCUGGUUUGCUUGCUUCCCCUGCCUUGGUUCAGGUAAUCAAGGGUACAGCUUAUGUGCCCAUUAUUAAUGUUGGUACGACAGAGCUGGUGGUAUACCCUCGCACUGUUGUUGGCACCUUAAAUGUUGUCAAUGUUGUUAGUCUCCCUGCAGGAAUUACUGAAGUCCCAGCAAAGGUAGCUACGAUGGUGUGCCAGACGGCUUCAGUUAAUGUGCAACAGCAGGUGGAGGACUUGGAUUUGUCCUCCUUGUCCGUGGAAGGACAAGGUCAGGUGAGGUCAUUGCUCAAUCAGUAUAUGACAGUUUUCUCAUCUCACGAUGGCGACCUGGGCUGUACUAAUGUGAUAGCUCAUGACAUUCCUCUGAUUGAUGAUGUCCCAGUUAAACAACGCUAUCGGCGCAUUCCCCCUUCUGAUUAUGAGGUGGUGAAGGACCAUAUCAAUCAGUUACUUGCUUCACAGAUCAUUAGAGAAAGUAGCAGCCCAUAUGCAUCUCCCAUCGUCUUAGUUAGAUAUGACAGCAUAGUCAAGACAGCAACCUUGGCAGCCGGGAUAAAUGGGAUCCUGGUGAAACCAGACGCCAAAAAACCUUACCAGUGUGUAGAGGCAUUAAAGCGACUUGCUGCCUACAAGCAGGCCCAGAGUCAAAAAGAAGCACCUGCUCAGACAGCGGACCCGGAGGAUUCCGAUGUUCACCGAUUCAUCGGGGAGCCCUGGGAAAUCGAGGGUGACGGACUGAUAGUGUUCACCAAUGAACGAUACAAGAUUCACAACCGCAAGUUUAGAACAGACCUUAAAGCCAAAUCUGGCCAAGAUUACCAACAGAGUGUGAAGUGGCUAGAAAGCACUAAAGGCAAAGGGUUUAGUGGAGAUAUAAUUAUGAUAAAUGGUUAUAAUCUCCCCUAUUGUGUGGUGAUCUUUGUCCCCAUCGACGCCUACAGAAAGGGUGAUGACAUCAAAACCUACCGAGGAAAGAUCUGGUGA